AUGGCUGCUGAUCUAGGAAAUUGUGACGGCCACAAAAAGACGAGCCAGUCAAAACAGAACGAUGGUGAAAAAAGCCAGACCUCUACCGUCGGUAAUCGUAGCAGCGACGGGCGAGCUCGUGGACGGCCUUUUAGCUGUCCGAAAGAAAUAGCACGCGAGGGUAGACUUGGUGGAGGCCCUUCAGGGUCUCCAAGAGGUCUAGCCUUAGCCGUUCCCCCCACCUUACAAAACGGGCAGGCUGUCAGGAGAAUGUUAGAAGACCAAAGUGUGCAGGAACACCACAAUGUCAAUGUGAGCAUGCCCGGUAGAGAUGCUUGGAACACACAAGGGAUUCGUCACGGUAAGGCCGGUGACGUGAUUAUCUUCGCGAAUCGUAUUGAACGCCUGAAGACUCGGAAUCCUGCCGAGCUCCGUGGAUACCACCAGGGCGUGCUGCUUCAUAAGUAUUUGACACCAAGUCAUUCGACACCAAGUCAGUACAGAGAGGGCGAGCAGUACAUCGUUAUUAAGCGUUUGGGGAAAGGUGGUUCUGGUGUCGCCUUCUUGUUGAAGGAUGAAUAUUCUGGCAUACAGUUUGUCAGAAAAAGAGUCUCUGUAAAGUAUUUUGAGGCAUCUGAGGCCGUACUUUGGUGCCCGCUAGACCAUCGAGGAAUCGUGGGCUUCCUGGGCCUGCUGCUCACUGAUGACUGGGUGAUGUUUCUCUCCAGUUACCAGGAGGGUAGCGAGACCCUUCAGGAGCUAAUUGACCGACAUGUCCUGGACCUGGGGUUGGCAUUGGAGAUCAUCCAGCAGCUGCUAGUUGUUGUUAAUUGGCUUCACAGCGACCAUCACAUUGUCCACUUUGACAUUAAGCGUAAGUAUUUUGUUUGUCAUUAG